CUUUUUAGCAGCAUUUCAUUGUGGCACUUUUCCAAACUAAGCUUGACAUUAUUAUGCGUUUUGCAGAAAGUUCCAGUUCUGGCCCAGCGUGCCUUCAGCAUUUCCGCCAGACAGCUGAAGAACAAAGUCCCCGACGCCCAGAAGAUCUUCCAGGAGGACAAUGGUUUGCCAGUUCACAUAAAGGGGGGAGUCGGAGACGUCCUGAUGUACAGAGCCACCAUGGCGCUAACUAUCGGAGGUACCUUUUACUCUAUAUACUGGCUGGUCUACUGUGCCUUUCCUCACAGUAAAGCGUGAUGAAGAAAAUGGCUCCGUUUAUCGCCUGGAGAACAACGCUCGGCUCCGUCUAAUGUUUGUUGUGUGUAAUCAUAUGUAAUUGUCUCCCAGGUUGUUCUGCUUUAAUUGGGCAACGCUGAAUAAACAAUGGAAAUAAAUUAAACAUU